UGGGAGGAGGGUCUCUCGGCCACUCGGUCUCAGUUUGCAGCACUCACGUCGGAAGGCGGAGGAGCUGAAGCACUGUGAAGGACACCGGGAGGAGGACCAGAAGAAGAAGAAGCUCAAAAGGGAGGGAGAGAAAGAAAAAAACCACGGCUAGUCUGCAGACGCCAACACACGCAGCAUGGAGGACAAAUCCAACUCGUUCUCCGGCAGCAAGGAGGAGAAGGCGGACGGGAAUAACGUCUUCCAGAGGCAGGACUCGGUGCAGAAAAACAGCACCGGCAGCCAGAACACGAAGGAGCACGGCAACUCCGUCAGCUUCAAGGGGGAGCGGGAGGAGGCCAUGGUGGGCUUCGACGACCUGGAGGGGGCGGCCAGGCAGCACGGGUUCAUGCAGAGGCAAUUCGGGGCCAUGAUGCAGCCCGGAGUCAAUAAGUUCUCCCUGCGGAUGUUCGGCAGCCAGAAAGCGGUGGAAAAGGAGCAGGAGAGAGUCCAGACGGCAGGAUACUGGAUCAUUCACCCCUAUAGCGACUUUAGGUUCUACUGGGACUUGAUAAUGCUCAUCAUGAUGAUGGGGAAUCUAAUCAUCAUUCCUGUGGGAAUAACCUUCUUCUCAGAGCAGACCACCACCACAUGGCUGAUCUUUAACGUGGCCUCGGACACCAUCUUCCUGGUGGACCUGGUCAUGAACUUCAGGACGGGGAUCGUCAACGAGGAGAGCUCCGAGAUCAUCCUCGACCCGAAGGUCAUCAAGAUGAAUUACCUGAAGAGCUGGUUCGUCGUGGACUUCCUCUCCUCCAUACCGGUGGAUUAUAUCUUUUUGAUAGUGGAAAAAGGCUUUGACUCUGAGGUUUAUAAGACGGCCCGCGCCCUGCGAAUCGUCCGUUUCACCAAGAUCCUCAGUCUCCUACGCCUGUUGAGACUGUCUCGACUCAUCCGAUACAUCCAUCAGUGGGAGGAGAUUUUCCACAUGACCUAUGACCUGGCUAGUGCUGUGGUAAGAAUAUUUAAUUUGAUAGGCAUGAUGCUGCUCCUGUGUCACUGGGAUGGAUGUCUCCAGUAUCUGGUGCCUCUCCUCCAAGACUUCCCCCCUGACUGCUGGGUGUCGCUAAAUGGUAUGGUUAACGUUUCCUGGGGCAAGCAGUACUCUUACGCUCUCUUCAAAGCCAUGAGCCACAUGCUGUGCAUCGGCUACGGCGCCCGAGCGCCGGUGAGCAUGUCCGACCUGUGGAUCACCAUGCUGAGCAUGAUCGUGGGCGCCACGUGCUACGCCAUGUUUGUCGGACACGCCACGGCCCUGAUCCAAUCCCUGGACUCGUCACGCCGACAGUACCAAGAGAAGUACAAGCAAGUGGAACAAUACAUGUCAUUCCACAAGCUUCCGGCAGACAUGCGGCAGAAAAUACACGACUACUACGAGCAUCGCUACCAGGGCAAGAUCUUCGACGAGGACAACAUCCUGAGCGAACUCAACGACCCGCUCAAAGAGGAAAUUGUCAACUUCAACUGCCGCAAGCUGGUGGCCACCAUGCCGCUGUUUGCCAACGCGGACCCCAACUUUGUGACGGGAAUGCUGAGCAAGCUGAAGUUUGAGGUGUUCCAGCCCAACGACUACAUCAUCCGAGAAGGCACCGUGGGGAAGAAGAUGUACUUCAUCCAGCACGGCGUGGCCAGCGUCAUCACCAAGUUCAACAAGGAGAUGAAGCUGACUGAUGGCUCCUACUUUGGAGAAAUCUGCCUGCUCACCAAAGGCAGACGAACAGCCAGCGUGCGGGCGGACACCUACUGCCGACUCUUCUCGCUGUCCGUCGACCAUUUCAACGAGGUGCUCGAAGAGUACCCCAUGAUGCGGCGGGCUUUCGAGACGGUGGCCAUCGACCGGUUGGAUCGCAUCGGGAAGAAGAACUCCUUGCUCCUGCAGAAGUUCCAGAAGGACCUGAACGCCGGUGUGUUCAACACGCAGGAGAACGAGAUAUUGAAGCAGAUUAUCCGUCAGGACAGGGAGAUGGUGAUGAUGGUGGACCGCAAGCAGUCGGUCACCGGGAUGAACUCGACGCCAAUGUCGGGAAACUCCAUCAUUAACUCGCCAGCUCAGCCGCCCUUCUCCAACGCCUUCGGGAUGAAUCAGUUCCAGCAAUCCUCGGUACCUCUGACCUACAGUGCUUCAGCCAUUGCCAACGCUUCCGCCGCCCGCAUGCUGCCGGCCGCCGCCGCAGCGGCCAUCUACCCCGUCCCCAGCGUCUCCCACGGCAACCUCAAUUCCUCCUCCGCCAACCCGCUGCAGCCGCAGGGCGCCAUCAUGUCGCCGUGCUCCUUCACGGCCGCCAUGUGCAGCCCGCCGGUGCAGACGCCGCUGGCGAGCCGGAGCUUCCAGUACGGUUCCCCCACCGCAUCGCAGCUGUCGCUGAUCCAGGCGCCCAUCGCCCAGCCGAAUCUACCGACCCAGCAGCCGCCCGCGUCCGCCGCCGGGACGCAGCAGGUCCCUUCGCCCCAGCGAGGAGACCUCCACAAGAGCACGCAGGCUCUUCAGUCGGGCAGCCUGAGUCGAGACGUGCGACACUUAUCGGCCUCUCAGCCGUCUCUGCCGCACGACACGUCGCUGGUGCCACGGGCACACCAGGCCUCCGGCGACUCGCUGGCCUCCAUGGUGCCGCCGACGGCGGCUGCGAUCCCGGGGAUGAGUCUCCAGAGCGGCAUCCGCACCACAGUGCCCCAGCGGGUCAAUUUGUUCCGCCAGAUGUCCUCGGGGGCCCUGCCGCCCGUGCGCUCCUCGUCGGUGGCAGCGGCGGCGGCAGCCGCGGCCGCCUCGUCGGCGGCGGCGAGCCAGCCCAGGGAAUCGCCUGGCUCUAGGAGAGAUUCUGUCCUGAGCAGUACGGAGACUGAGCAAGACAAAAUGCGCUUUGCAUCAAAUUUAUGAUUCUUUCUUUUGCGUUUUUUUAACCAGGGAGGAGCUCCAAGCUACUUCUAAAGAUAACCUCAUUGAAACGGUGUACAUACGAGCCCUUGUAUGAUAUUUUAGACACAUUGUCUCCCUCCUUAAGAAUGUAUAUUAUACAGAUAAUCUUUUCUUUUAUGCCAUAUCCAUAAUAUAUACACAUAUAUGGCCUGUGUGUGUGUAUAUACGGUGCGAAUGGGAGCGGGAGAAUGCGUGCGCGCAUGUGACUGCGCGUUCAAAUCCAACUAAUAUAUUUCGCAAUGGCAAUUUAAAACUGUAGUAUAAACACGAGUCUUCCUUUCUGAGAAAUAUAAUGAAAUUAUAUAAAACUUAUGAAUUUUUUAUUUAUAUAUUUAUGAUUUUUUUUUUAAAGCUGGAAUGCAUUAUGGAUUGUGACUUUUUUAUUUUUAUUUUUUUAAUUUUAUUUGUUUUGGUUUCCCACCACCGAAGAAGAGGAGAAGCAGCUUUAGGCGCCACUGUGGAAUCAUACAUGCAAAGUAACACUUGUAAAAGAAAAAUAGAGAAAAAAAAAAAAAAAAAAGCACACACUCACAAGAAAGGAGUCACAACUUUCCGAACAGAAAAAUCAACACAACACAAAAAGGUGUUGUAAACCUCAACAGUGUUAUGGCUCCAGACAAACAAAAAAAAAAGAAAAAAAAAAGGGAACAAAUACUAGCAAAUGCUGCUUUCUUUCUUCACGUUCGAGGGGAAGACAAAUGGACGUUUGUUUUCUAUUCCUCAUUUUGGAAUGGUUGAAAUGUAAUGUUCAGAAGAUGAAACAAACAAAAGAAAGAAACUCUGUGUAUAUUUAUAAUAUUUAUAAACUAAAGAUUAUCACCAUUAUGCAAUAGACUGUGAGAUAAAGAUUACCUAUACGUGUGCUGUAAAUAGUUUUGUAGAGCUAGUAUUUACAGAUACUGUGUGGUGCAUUCUCUAUCAUAACAAUGUCUUACUUCUUAACGUCUGUCGGGAACCUGGCUAUCACCUGCAAGCGACUACAAAUAUGGACUAAGGAGCCUUAAUGCACAAAGCUGAAUGGCGGUACAGUGACAGCGGCACUGAAUGAAAUGUUCUCAAUGUACGUUUUCACACAGAAAACAUCGUCCUGUGAAUUAAGUUUGAUUUCCAGUCGGAUAAUUCUCUUUUGAAUCGAGACAUUUGGUUUGUCUUGCGAAAAACGAGAUUUUUACGUUAACGUUACGCUUUUUUACCCAAUUUAGGCUUUUUUCCCCGUCAGUUGGUUUGUUUUCGAGAGCUACAUUAGCAUUGUUUUUAGCAUUAGCAUUCCGAGUCAACAGCCGUCAACAUUUUUCGUCUUCUACGGGGGUUUGUUUUUGACUGCUAGCAUUGUUUUUAGCAUACUGUCCAUCUUUUUUCCCUACUUGAGCUUUGUUAGUUUGUCAGCUAGUAUUGUUUUUAGCAUUAGCAUUCCGAGUCAAGAGCCAUCAACGUUUUUGGUCUUCUACGGGGGUUUGUUUUUGACUGCUAGCAUUGUUUUUAGCAUACUGUCCAUCUUUUUUUGCGACUUGAGCUUUAUUAGUUUGUCAGCUAGUAUUGUUUUUAGUAUUAGCAUUCUGAGUCAAUAAUCAAAAUAUUUCGUCUCCUACGGGGGUUUGUUUUUGACUGCUAGCAUUGUUUUUAGCAUGCUGUCCCAUCUUUUUUUUUUUAUUAUUUGUGGUUUGUUAGUUUGUCAGCUAGUAUUGUUUUUAGCAUUAGCAUUCUGAGUCAACAAUCAAUAUUUUUCUUUUAUUCAAGGUUUGUGUUUGACUGUUAGCAUUGUUUUUAGCAUACUGUCCAUCUUUUUUUCCCUACUUGAGCUAUGUUAGUUUGUCAGCUAGUAUUGUUUUUAGCAUUAGCAUUCCGAGUCAACAGCCAUCAACGUUUUUGGUCUUCUACGGGGGUUUGUUUUUGACUGCUAGCAUUGUUUUUAGCAUACUGUCCAUCUAUUUUUGCUACUUGAGCUUUGU